AUGGCGGGCAUCACGCAGUGGUCCAUUUGGAGCAAUAAUAACGCUGGUGCGAAGAAGAAGGGCGACCGGGGGGAUUUGCAGGACAGCGCAUUGGACGGCGGCGGCAAUGGUGGUUGUGGUGGUGGUGAUAAUAAUAGUAAUGAGGACUUAUCAAUGAGUGGGGGAAGUGAUAGUGGAGGAGACGGAGGAGUAGGAGGGGGGUUGGUGGUGGGUGAAAUGGAGGGGAAGUCGUCGUCGUCGUCGUCGUUGUCGUCGUUGCUGUGGUCGGGGAACGGAGAAUUAGGGAAGCUACUGCUGGGGGGAGAUGAGAAUGAAUUGGGACAUGCAGCAGCAGCAGCAGAAGCAGCAAUAUUGAUAGCUGGUGUGGAGGGGAUUGGGGAGGAACAAUUAAUGCUAAUGGGAAACAAACUCGGUCACGACGUCACCUCUAAUCUUUUGACAGCUACCACUACUGCUAGUACCAACCUCGAUCUCAAUGAUAGUCGUAAUAAUAGUGCCACACCAACAAAGCUCAGGCUCAGGCUAAUUGCAACAAAAUUGUCGACCGCAAUCACCAGAUCGCCCUCGCCCUCUGCUGCUUCUUCCGUGGUGACCUCGCCGGUGCUGGCCAGUUUCUCAAUAUCGAGUCCUCUUGUAUCCCACUCCAGCCACACUCUGGCCCUUCGUCAUGAGGUGAACGACGCAAAUGGCGAGAGCCUCACCUUGCAGCACAGUUUUUACCGUGAGGCAGGCCCCACCUUUGGCGGGAGACCAACCUACCACAGCUCCCACUCAGCCGUUAGGCCUACUACUGCAGUCCCCUCCGCAAGUGCUUCUUACACCUUCUCCGAUCACUUAAGCUCUCUUGGCCAUCCGGACCCAAUCACCCUCCACAAGUCCAGGUCAGCCAACGACCUGUCUCUCUUUCUCCCACUCGACGAAUGCCUCCCGCCUAUCCCUCCCUCCCUUUGGGGGUCGCGCCAGCAAUACGCCUGCAAACACGCAGACACGUUCACAGCUGGCCAGGUGGCAGCCUUGUCCGACAACCACCACCACCACCACCACCACCACCACCACCACAACAACCAGAAUCUCGACCUCCACCACACUACUCACGCUCACACUCACACACCGACUGAUGAGAAUCACUCAAUUCUCAACCACGAAAUUUCCCCCGCCGUGGUGGUCGUAGCUUCUCCCACCACUCCUCCUCCUCCUCCUCCUCCUCCUAGUGCUCCUCUCCUUCCCCCCCAGCAGGGAAAACCUAAACCUGCACUCGGUCCACCCCUAACAUUCUCCUGCGAGGAAAAGAUCUCCCCACUCAGCCCCGAAGACGCAAUUGCCAGUCCUGGACGUCGGCCCUGCCAUGAAACGUCGUCCUCUUCGUCCCUCACAUCACCUAAACCAACUCCGUCUUUGUUGUUUGACCCCGAAACCUUUUCGUUCUCCGAGCAACAACACGAUCGUUCUCUCUCCACCCCUCCUCCUCGUACCCACCACGUUUCUCCCGUAAACGAUCUCUUCAGCACACCUCCGUCGUUGUUGUUGUUGUCGUCCGGUACUUCGGUUGUCGAGCCUCGAGAUACCGAUAAUCGGCCAUCGGAGUUGUUGACAGAACUCUCUGGCGACGCCUCAUCAUCAUCUUUGUCUCCAUCGUCGACAUCAUCACCACCAUCAUCAUCAUCAGCAUCAUCACCAGCAGCAUCAUCAUCAGCAGCAGCAGCAGCAGGAGUGAGAACAGCAGAAGAAACUGUCAACGUCAAUCUUUUGGCUGAAUUCCCCUGGUGUGCAGCCGGCCCCGAAGCGGAUCCCCUCGCAUCCCCCACAUACACGCCAGCUCAGCGCUUUCUCCCUCCGCUCCCGCCUCCACCUUCUCCAUCGUCAUCUUCCGUGGCGCCUCAGUCCGGGAAGGAACGUUCGGCACUAGUGAUACCCACCCUCAUACUCGAGCAAUUCUUUUCCGACUCUGCGAUGCCGAAGUUGCGGUCAUCGGAUAGCGGUGUGAGUUCACGCACACGCCCCGACCCUCUCCGCCCUACCAGUUUUGGAGGUGCAAAUGUGCCAAAAGCACCGUCCUCGCCCCACAGCACCCACAGCAUUGGGCGUAUGUUCUCGACAAAAAUACGUGGUCUAUUGCACAGUCGUGAUAGGCGGGCAAGUAGUCCUCUCAGCCCCCCCAAUGUUGCCUCAAGUAUCCACGAGGCCCAAUUUGUGUCUGCGUCGGUGCCUUCCUCGCCGCGCACCACUGCGCACUACCCAUUGCCUCUGAACGAGAUUCAUCCAAGCCAGUUGUCGAGGGACUCGACUGAGGAGUAUGUCGGAUAUGCCGCUUCAGGUCACUCUUCGUAUAGGUCUGCGGACUCGCCCACAACACGGACCGAGACAACAAGUCAAGACUCGUCGACAACGACCGAUUCCACCGGCAUCCGGAGUGGUCGCAGUUCGUUCCAGAGCUUCCACGAUGAGAAGAGGCGUUCGGAUUCUCCGUCGAGCCCCAUCACUCCGGACGGUGAUUACAUGUUUGCCAGGAGCUCGCCAGAAAAGACCGGAAGCGAUAAUUACUACCCCUGCAACAGCUUUGAUGAUGAUGACGGCAGGUCGCAGGAGGUGCUUUUUUGCCUCGACGAAGGCAACCUGAUGCUUAACCAGGGCAUUCCCUCGGUGAAUAUCGAGGCCCCAACGCCCACGGUGAACAAGCACUCCAGUCACUCAUCGGCAGUGACAGCCUCAUCCCGAAUUCCUCGGCCCAUGUCCUCCAGGUCACGCUCGGCGAGCCCAGCACCCCAGCGAGCCCCGAGCUUUGCGGCUUCGAUCCGGGAAGAGAUUACUGGUCGGGAGACGCCGUCAUUCCUGGCACCGAGACCUGCACCAAUCCCAAUCCCAGUUGCGGGAUCUGCAAAGCCUGCCCUGCAUCCCUCGGCCGGUGGGUCGAAGCUUCUGCGAACCAGCACCAUGAGCUCAAGAUCGUCGGCAGUCAACCAGGCCAAGGCACCACUAUCACUGACACCCAGGGUACGGACAAAUUCCAUCACUCGGCCGUCGACAGCCAACCGUCCUGGCACAUCGUUCUCGGCCAUGUCGAUGAACUCCAAUAGGAGCAUGCAUAUGCAUAGUCCCAAGUCGCCUGGGAUGCCCAUGGACAACCUUGCUGAUGUAGACGAGAACAUCGUGCUCCCACCCCCACACAGCCCAGGCGCAGCAGCAUCAGCAUCAGCCUUCAAUCCUGAUAAGUUCGCGUCCAGAGGCUCGCGGGGCAACAACAAGCCCAGCUCGCUGCUGCACGAGAUCGUCAUACCCCCCCAGUUCGACGCCGGCUCGUUCAGGACGGCCCCUGUCUCGCCCACGGCCGCAUCAGAGUACAGCUUCACCGCGGGGCUGUCGCCAAAGAGGAUACCCGACGACAUGCAGAACAUGCGGCCCAUCGUCUUCAACACCGAGACGUCGGACAAUGACGUCUCGAUCCCGUUCUUCCCCGUGGCGCCCGCGCAUGCAGCGCCACAGGCAGCAGCAACAGCAGUACCGGUUGUGGCAGCGGCAGCCGAGGCGCCCCGCCGCUCAAAGACCGUCAGCCUACGACAUGCCUUCACCCGGCUCAACUCGCACGUCAACAAGCGCGGUGCAAACCACCCGCCCAUCACGCCCGACAUCAUCUCGCGUCCCUCAAACGCAAUCAAGUACGGCGGCCCCCAUCCGCUCUCCUCCGAAAUCUCCCACUCCCUCGACAACAACGACGACGCCUGCGAGAAGGGUCACAACCACAGUGGAUCAUCAUCGUCGUCGUCUCGACCCCGCGCAACCUCUGGUGGGACACUGCCGUCGUCCUCCUCGUCCUUUGCACGUUGGAAAUCAGGCCACGCAAGAUCGUCGUCCAACCCGUCGAACCUCCCGCCCGUGCUGCCGCCCUCGCAGCAGCAGCUGCAUCAGCCAGUCUACUACUCCCCACCAGGCACCGUCCCCACGAGCCCCACACUGUCUGCCACCACCACCUCCUCGCCUACUGGCACUGGGGUGCAGGCCGUGGCCCUCACGGACGAGGAGCGCUCCGAGCUCGCACGCAUGCCGGGCACCAUCUUCCUCAAGACUGCGCGCAGUGGCGAGAGCGCGGACGGCGAGCUGAUUAUCGAGGAGCACAGGUUGAAGCCGCGGAAGGGGAUGCAGGGGAGCGGUGAUGCGGGGAAGUGCAGGUUUUGUAGGAGGGGGCCGUUUCCAAAUAUGUGGGUGUGUUUGGACAGCUGUGGAUUUGUCAUGUGUAGGGUGUGUGCGAAUGAGAGCGUGCAGGGCGGGGAGGCAGAGCUUUUUUGA